AUGCCACCCGGCUACGCCCGGAAUCCUCCACAGGCCGCGCACCCGACUCGGCGGCCCAAUCCCCAAGACCUCGCAGUUCUUCCGUCGAACGACCUCCCGACUCACUACGACCCACCAUCUCCGUCGUCGGCGACCUCGUCUUCCUCCCGCGAUGACGUCUACAGCACGUUCGUAACCAACGAGGGCAACAAGCUCGAGCCUAAUGCGCGCUGGCAGCGUGUGGGCAAGAUGUGCUCAUGGGGUCCGACAUUCGACGAGACGCAACGCGACCGGCGCACCCGCAAGAGGAUGCGCUUGUGUCUCGAGCAGCUGCUCCCAGAAUCCGCAGCCGAGCUCGGUGUCCCCGCCCCGCAGAACAUUGUCGACGCGGAGGAGCGUCGCCGCACACGGAAGAAGCUCAAGCAAGAAGACGACCAAUAUCUUCUCCCGCACCUCCGCAGCCCGUCUCCACCUCUCUCCACAGAAGACCUUGCGCCUAUGCUCGCCUUGCCCCGUAGCUACCUCGACAUUGUCACGAGUCCCGCCUUCCGGUACUCUUUGGGCGACGACACGAUGGAGCGCGGCUUGCAGCACACGGCUGCCGACUUACUCGAGGGCGAGAAAGGCCUGAUGCAAGCCUUGGGACGGAUGCGCGAGGUGCUGCGUAUGCGUGAGCGUGACGUGCCUCCCUUCCGUCGGCCAGCCGUGAACGGCGAGGCGUCUGGCACGGUGGCCGAUGGCACCGACGGAGCAGUGAACGGCAUUGUGGCCAUGGGGGCCAACGGCCAUGCCAAAGCCAGCAACGAGGAGCGCAUCCCACCGCUUCCCCAUGUCUCGGACACGGACAACCUUUGGAGAGUCACGCAGGAGCUGUUGAACACCCAGCCAGCUCCAGAGAUUUCGUUCAGCGCGACGAAGCCUGGCACUGCUGCCGACCCACCGCAGCCGAGCUCGCCCACGACCAAGGCGGGCCCCAAGCUCACGCCGGUCCACCGCCUCUUCACGUGCCCCGACGGUCUCACACUUGAGGCGAAGCCGGUCGCUGACGACCCGCGCUGGGCUGCCAUGGGCCCCAACCACCACUUUGCCCAGCGCCACAUCAAGUACAACCUCGACCUCCCUACCCAGCAGCACGCUGUCGACGACGCGCUCGAGCGUAUCUGGGAGUUACUAGCCGACUGUAAUGAGUACAAGGAGCGCUUAGAGGAGGCGCGCGAGCGUGUGUCGGACGUUGCGCGUGUGCGCAAGGCCGUGUGGAAGGUGAUCAAGCGGCGAGCAGGGCGUGAGCUGAACCGUAUGGAGGGCAAGAACGUAUAG